GCGCUUCCGGCCGGCGGUGGCGGCUCGGGGUCUGCAGCUGCUAAAGCACCAUGUGCGUGAGAGAGGCACCCACGGCUCAGACGGUGAAACCUCGAUUUGCCGGAAACCAGCUCCCGGGGCCCCUUUACCCUCCGGUCCGUGUUUGAGGGGAGAAGCUGCCACCGUCCCUGCAGAGAAGGCUGGAGGUGCCAGCCGUGGAAGCCUAGGGCGGCUGACGCUGGUCCCCCCCGCAGAGAGGGCCGGGAAGCUGCCGGAGCCGAGAAGGGGCCUUGGCUCGCGGUGGCCCCGCAUCAGCGUCAGCAUCAGCAGGACACGGGUGGGCGAGGGUGGCGGGAGGGGAGGGAGGGGUGGAAAGGCCUCCAGUACUGGCUCAGGCGCGACCGCUGCCGGCGGGACGAGCCCCCUGCUCAUGGCCUGCAAGGCGGCUGCCGGGAGGGGCCCGGGGGGGAAGCGCAAGAGGGUGGUGCUGACCCUGAAGGAGAAGAUGGACGUCUGCCGGCGCCUGGAGAAGGGGGAGAGCAGGAGGGCGCUGAUGCAGGAGUACAACGUGGGCAUGUCCACCCUGUACGACAUCAGGGCCCACAAGGCCCAGCUGCUCCGCUUCCUCGCCAGCUCCGACUCGGACAAGGCCCUGGCGCACCGGCGCACGCUGCACGCGCCCAAGCUCGAGCACCUGGACCGCGUGCUGCACGAGUGGUUCCUGGUGAAGCGCGCCGAGGGCGUGCCCGUCUCGGGCCCCAUGCUCAUCGAAAAGGCCAAGGACCUGUACGAGCAGAUGCAGCUGACAGAGCCCUGCGUGUUCUCUGGCGGCUGGCUCUGGCGCUUUAAGGCCCGACACGGCAUCAAGAAGCUGGACGCGGCCAGCGAGAGACAGGUGGCCGACCACCAGGCUGCAGAGCAGUUCUGCGGCUUCUUCCGGAGCUUAACCGCCGAGCACGGCCUGUCCCCCGAGCAGGUGUACAACGCCGAUGAGACCGGCCUCUUCUGGCGCAGCGCGCCCAGUCCCAGCCUGGAGGGCGGGGCGGUGCCCGGCCCCAAGCAGAACAAGGACAGGCUGACCGUCCUCAUGUGCGCCAAUGCCACGGGCUCCCACAGGAUCAAACCCUUGGUGGUCGGGAAAUGCGGCGGCCCCAAGGCGGUCCAGGGCAUCCAGCACAUCCAGCACCUGCCUGUCGCGUACAAGGCCCAAGGUAACGCGUGGGUGGACAAGGAGAUUUUUACUGACUGGUUCCAUCACAUCUUUGUGCCCGCGGUGAAGGAGCACUUCCGAGCCGUGGCUCUGCCCGAAGACAGCAAGGCCAUCCUCCUGCUGGACGGCUCCCGGGCCCACCCGCGGGAGGCCGAGUUGGUUUCGGAGAACAUUUUCACCAUCUUCCUGCCCGCCAGCGUCACCUCCCUGAUCCAGCCCAUGGACCAGGGCAUUCGGAGGGAUUUCAUGAGGAACUUCGUCACCCCUCGCAGCACGCUGCAGGCCUUCACCCCCCGCUGCAGCGUGCAUGACGCCGUGCUCGACGUGGCCUGCGCCUGGAACGCGGUGCCGGGCGGCGUCUUCAGCCGGGCCUGGAGGAAGCUGUGGCCCGAGGUCACGCUCGUCGAAGGCUCGUCUUCAGAGGAGGAGCCCGAGCGCCUCAGGACGAAGCCUCCCGACCAGACCUUCGUGCACAUCCCCGGGCUCGGGGGAGGCGCCCCGGCCCGCCUUGGGAGCGCGGCCACGGGGAGUGCCGAGCUGGCCGAGGCCGGGGAGGGUGACGAGGCGGCCUGGGAGCAGGCGGCUGCAUCCUUCGACGCUGUGGUGCGCUUUGCGGAGGGGCAGCCCUGCUUCUCGGCACAGGAGGUGGGCCAGCUGCGCGCGCUGCGCUCCGUGUUCGGCAGGCGGCAGCAGGCACAGCGGCGCAGGGCCCUCAGGGCCGCAGUCAAGCUCGAGGCGCCCUGGGAGCACUCUGGGCCUCGCGGCGCCCCGCCUCGCUCCCCUCUGCCCGGCUCGUCCACAGCGGGUGAGGCCUGAGGCAGCGGGGCCCGACCUGCGGUCUCAGGGGUCAUGUCCCUCAGGACGGCCGCCCCAUCGGGGUUUUGCCGUGUGGCCUGCCACAUGGGUGCCAGGGGGUCUUCCUGAAGGGCCCACCCAGACCCGAAACGUACCGGAGCCUCCGGUGGCCGGAAGCCAGCCUCGUGUUCGCUGGCUGAGCCUUGCUGUGUCCGAGGGUGGAGAUGUCUCUCUGUCCAGGUGGGGAAGAGCCGCCUUCAGCCGACCAAUGGCGGUACCCGCUGCCACUUGACGGGGCUGGCCCUUCCUGUGGCCCACCGCUCCCCUCCACCGGGACUCAGUCUGCUGGUCUGGGGGCCAGCCCUGGGUCGGGCAGGUCUCUGAGGGCAGGUCACCGAGGGCGGGACUCAAUACGAAUAAGAGUCGGCGUGGCCCCUGCCUGUGGCUUUACAGGCCACGUGUCCCCCUUCAGUCGUGAGCUCACGUAGCAGCACAAGUCUCUCAGAGCUUCUCCGUGUUGCCAGCACAUCCUGCCUCUCAGACUUGGACCCCACGAUGCAGCAGGCUGCACGCCGACUUGAUGUGGUAGAAUUGCUCCGUUAAAGCCAACAGGAGCGGGCGGCUGGGGUGCCCGUCACCCCAAUGCGGGGCUACAGGGCACUGCCAGUGUUUCGAGCAUCUUGGCUCCGAGUCCAACGUACAGGCCUCGUUCCCCAGAAUUUCACAUUUACAGCCUCUGCAUUAAUAAACUUUGACCAGAUGUUCAGAAAUUAGCCUUAGGCGAUAUAACAAAAACAGUAAAACAUGCAGCUGAGCUGUCUAGCAGUAUUUGAACUCCUCUUUUCAGCUGUUUGCCCCACAGUGAUUCACGUGUGGAACGCUGGCUGUGCUGGUGGUCUCGUAAAGGCCGAUUGCGGGAUGACGCGGCUGUGUUUCCUGGGUUGCAGCUGAUUCCCAGCCUCUCUGUUCCGCCAUGUCGCUCGUCAGCACGGCCGUAGGACAGAGAGCCCCUUAUCGGCAGUGGUCGCCCUCUGUGAACGUACAUGAAAUGGGCGUGCUUUUCUGUACUCUUCUCACUGCUUGCCUUCAGUUGCAUCCCCUUCGUGGGUAGCUGAAUCGGCCCAUAGUUUUCAUUCCUGUGUUUGUUGCGUGCCGAGAGCCCUCUGUUCCCGUGAGAGCCGAGGGGAGGUGAGGGCUUGGUUCGCAGUCGGUUUCUCUGGUGUUUUUACAUCUUUCCAAACAGUGAGGUGACAGUCGUGGCUGACCUGGCACUGCUCUGUGGACCGUGCGUUUCCCGCUUUAAAUGCGUGUGUGAAGAUUGUGAAACAAGCA